AUGGGCCUCUUCUCCUCCUUCCAAUCCGAAGAAGCCAAGCGCGCCGAAGAAGUCCGCACGGGAGCCGUCGCCCCUGACCGCAGCGAACGCCGCAAGUGCUGGGAGGCCCGCGACGCAUACUUUGGCUGCCUCGACCGCAACGUCAUCGUCGACGCCCUCAAGGACGAUGCUAAAGCCCGCAAGGCCUGUCCCGCCGAGAACCAGGUCUUUGAGCGGGAUUGCGCUGCUGCUUGGGUAAAAUACUUUAAGCAAUGGCGCGUAGCAGACCUCCAAAAGAAGCAGCGCAUAGCCCAGCUCGAAGCCGAAAACGCAAUCAAGAUGGACGUCACCACCACCUUUGCCGACCAGCCCUCAGCCCCCUCCUCCUCCAAGGGACCGACGCCAACAAAGGUCGAUCUGCAGGAUAUGCUCGCCUCGAGGAGGCAGUAA